GUGUCAUCAGAUGCCCUCUGCAGUAUAAAACCCUGGUGAGGAGGCAGUGUCAUCAGAUGCCCUCUGCAGUAUAAAACCCUGGUGAGGAGGCAGUGUCAUGUCAGAUGCCCUUGUGUGUUAGCAGUCUCUAGCUCGCUCAUCAUGCGUGAAAUUGUACAUCUACAGAUUGGACAGUGUGGAAACCAGAUAGGCUCUAAGUUUUGGGAGGUGAUCAGCGAGGAGCAUGGAAUCAGUGCUACAGGAAUGUAUGAGGGGGAUGAUCCUCUUCAGCUGGAGAGGCUCAACGUCUACUUCAACGAGGCAAAUGGUGGUAAAUAUGUUCCCCGGGGCCUGCUCCUUGACCUAGAACCAGGGACCAUGGACAGUGUCAGGGGUAGCCGCAUAGGAGCUCUCUUCAGGCCAGAUAACUUUAUACAUGGAAACUCUGGUGCUGGGAACAACUGGGCCAAGGGCCACUAUACAGAGGGGGCAGAGCUUGUGGACACCGUGAUUGACAGGGUGCGUCAGGAGAGCGAGGGAUGCGACUGCCUUCAGGGCUUCCAGUUCGUCCACUCCCUAGGUGGCGGGACAGGGUCCGGCAUGGGCACCCUCAUCAUCAACAAGAUCCGUGAGGAGUACCCCGAUCGCAUCAUGACCAGUUUCAGUGUCCUGCCCUCGCCCAAGGUGUCAGACGUCGUGGUGGAGCCCUACAAUGCCACGCUGUCCAUCCACCAGCUCCUAGAGAACACGGAUGAGACCUUCUGCAUCGACAACGAGGCUCUCUAUGACAUCUGCUUCCGUACGUUGAAGCUCACCAACCCGACCUACGGUGACCUAAACCACCUGGUGUGCAUGACCAUGAGCGGAGUCACGACCUCCCUGAGGUUCCCAGGCCAGCUCAACGCCGAUCUGCGGAAGUUAGCUGUCAACAUGGUACCCUUUCCUCGCCUCCACUUCUUCAUGUCGGGCUUUGCACCUCUCACAGCUCGCGGCAGCCAGAAGUACCGCACCCUCUCCGUGCCCGAGCUCACCCAGCAGAUGUUUGAUGCCCGUAAUAUGAUGACCGCCUGCGAUCCCCGAAGAGGGCGCUAUCUGACCGUGGCUGGGAUGUUCCGUGGCAAGAUGUCCACCAAGGAAGUGGACGAGCAGAUGCUGAUGAUGCAACAGAGGAACAGCAACUAUUUUGUGGACUGGAUCCCUCACAACUGUAAAGUAUCCGUAUGUGACAUCCCACCUCGGGGGCUCACAAUGGCUUCCACCUUCAUUGGCAACAACACGGCCAUUCAGGAGAUCUUCCGUCGCGUAGGAGACCAGUUCUCGCUCAUGUUCAGGCGCAAGGCCUUCCUGCACUGGUACACUGGCGAGGGCAUGGACGAGAUGGAGUUCACAGAGGCAGAGAACAAUCUGAAUGACCUGGUGUCCGAGUACCAGCAGUACCAGGAUGCCAAGGCUGACGAGGAGGGUUGGGGGCCCGAGGAGGGGGCUGAGGAAGAGUCGGCUUCACCGGCUGCAACGAGAGUUCAGAGUACGGAAGUUACGACGAUGGAGACUGUGACAGAGACUAUUGAAACCAUUGAGACUAUAGCUGAGUAGAUGUGGCAUCAUAUGUUGUGUGGAAUAAUCAUAUUGUCACUGUCUUCUCGGUUCUGAGCAACAAGGCUGUGUCUGGAAGCUUCAACAAGAGUUUUUCCUGAUAGUUUAUAACAAGGGCCCAGGGUUUUUCCAGGUCAAGUCAGGGAAAACUUCUGGCCCUACUCUAGUAUUUGAGUCAUAAUAAUAAUAAUAUAUGCCAUUUAGCGGACGCUUUUAUCCAAAGCGACUUACAGUCAUGUGUGCAUACAUUCUACGUAUGGGUGGUCCCGGGAAUCGAACCCACUACCCUGGCGUUACAAGCGCCAUGCUCUACCAACUGAGCUACAGAAGUCAUAGUGUCCAAAGGAGAUAUCAGGAUAAUUGCCUGUUUAAUGAAAUGUACAGUGUGGUAAUAGAGAGGUGGUAAUUCAGUGUAAAUUGUCUACAUUGGUAUACUGAUGUAGGCCUAUUUGAUGUUUUUUAGGAAACUGAAUAGAUCAGGAAAGAAUCUGUCUGACAAAUAUAGAUAACAAAUUAUGUCAAUGUUGUAAUGUAGACUACCAGAUUUCCCAAACUUGAUUGAGAUCAUAUGCAAAUUUUUAAAAGCUGUAUUUAAAAGUGGAGUAUAAUGUUCUAUUUGUUAAUUAUUUUGUGCCUCAGCAAUUUUAGCAAUGUUUUCAGUGUGAUAUUGUGAACUAUUUGUAUUAUAUUAUUAAAAUUCUCCAAUAUAA